ACAUGCUUAAGUUCCUUUUGUUUACCUCCCUCGCUGCCUUGGUGCUGGCUGAGCGUAGACCAGAGCCCAGGUAUCUGGAGGAUGACAGCGUCAAUGAGAGAGUUGUGGGAGGCGAGGUGGCCAGACCCAACUCCUGGCCCUGGCAGAUCUCUCUUCAGUUCAAAUCUGGUAGCAGCUACCGCCACACCUGUGGAGGAACCCUGAUCAAGAGAGGAUGGGUGAUGACCGCUGCUCACUGUGUGGACAGUUCCAGGAAUUGGCGUGUUGUUCUUGGAGAUCACAACAUCAACUCCCAUGAGGGCUCUGAGCAGUACAUGAGCGUGAGCCGUGUCCACAUCCACCCUAACUGGAACUCCAACAACGUUGCUGGAGGGUGGGACAUCGCUCUCCUGCGUCUGUCCACCGAAGCUUCUCUCAACAACAAGGUCCAGCUCGGCGCCCUGCCUCCCUCCGGUCAGGUCCUACCCAACAACAACCGUUGCUACAUCUCUGGAUGGGGUCGCACCGCGACUGGAGGUCAGCUGUCUGCCCAGUUGAAGCAGGCCUACAUGCCCAUUGUUGACCACAGGACCUGCUCCGGCUACGGGUGGUGGGGCAGCACCGUGAAGGACUCCAUGGUCUGUGCCGGUGGUGGAAGGGAAUCUGGUUGCCAGGGUGACUCCGGCGGCCCCCUGAACUGCAGCAUCAACGGAAACUGGGUUGUCCACGGUGUGACCAGCUUUGUGUCUUCCUCUGGCUGCAACGCCACCAAGAAGCCCACAGUCUUCACCCGUGUCUCUGCCUACAUCGGCUGGAUGAACGGGAUCAUGGGUUGAGAUGGAAAACGAUCUCCAUGGAGACGAGAGCUCACUCCGGAUUCAUCUCAUUGUCAGCACGACUCCAUC